GAAAGUUCCAUUUUUGACAACGAGGAGCCUAGAGGUGGGCGAGCGAGCGAGAGAGCGAGCGAGGGAAAGGGGGCGGAACGGAAAUCCACGCCGUCACUCUCUCCGUCUCCCGCCCUUCCGUCGCGCUUCGGCGCCGCCAUUUCUCUGCAUUCCACGGCGGAGCUCACGAAAACCCUAGCUCUCGUGACUUCCUUUGUUGCCGCAAGGCAGUGUUUUUAGUGGUGGAUUGAUAUGGAUCAGUAUGAGAAGGUGGAAAAGAUUGGAGAAGGGACUUACGGCGUGGUGUAUAAGGCUCGGGAUCGUCUUACCAAUGAGAUGAUUGCAUUGAAGAAAAUCCGGCUGGAGCAAGAAGAUGAGGGUGUCCCGAGCACUGCCAUUAGAGAGAUAUCACUUUUGAAGGAAAUGCAACAUAGUAACAUUGUCAGGUUGCAAGAUGUGGUGCACAGUGAGAAACGAAUAUACUUAGUCUUUGAGUAUCUUGACCUGGACUUGAAAAAGCACAUGGAUUCUUGUCCAGAACUUGCUAAAGAUCCGCGCUUAAUAAAAAUGUUUCUCUACCAGAUCCUCUGUGGUAUAGCAUACUGCCAUUCUCAUAGGGUUCUUCACCGAGAUUUGAAACCUCAGAACUUGCUUAUAGAUCGACGCACUAAUGCCCUGAAGCUUGCAGACUUUGGACUAGCCAGGGCAUUUGGUAUCCCUGUCCGGACAUUUACUCAUGAGGUGGUGACACUAUGGUAUAGGGCACCAGAAAUUCUUCUUGGGUCUCGCAAUUACUCCACCCCCGUUGAUGUUUGGUCGGUGGGUUGUAUUUUUGCUGAAAUGGUGAACCAACGGCCAUUGUUUCCUGGAGAUUCUGAGAUUGAUGAAUUGUUUAAGAUUUUCAGAGUUUUGGGUACUCCAAAUGAAGAAACUUGGCUUGGUGUUUCUUCCUUGCCCGACUACAAGUCUGCUUUCCCCAAGUGGCCUCCCAAGGACCUAGCAACAGUGGUCCCAAAUCUUGAACCAGCAGGAGUGGAUCUUCUCUCGAAAAUGCUUUGCUUGGAUCCGAGCAGAAGAAUCACAGCUCGGAAUGCUCUUGAGCAUGAGUACUUCAAGGAUCUUGGGAUGGUACCGUGAGCUGCAAUUUCGUUCUUUCCUGCUGUAUAUUAUCUCAGGCAAGUAUAUCAGAUGAGCUGCGGCUCUUGAUUUUGAGUCUGAAUUGUGUGUUUUCCUUUGCCCCUUUUUCCUUGCAACCGGCUUGUGAAGAGAAGCGGAAACCCGAGCUGGGAACUGGGAUUGUCUUUGUUAGAACAUUGUCAAAAUUGAAUUCAAAAACAGAGAAGAAAAAAAAUUGCAAGCCUUUCUUUUCUUGCUCAAGAGAGCAGCAUAUGGCUCACCUAAAUUGCCGGGAAGUUAUUAUGUGAAGCCUCGGUUUGCUGCAUUAAUGGAAUUCUUUCCUUGGAUGGAGAAGGCAUUGCAUUUAUUUCUCAGUCAGGCUCUGAAAAUAAGUAGAGAACUCUGAUAUAGUUUAUUUAGCUAACACCACCAUCUGUCUUGAUCUCUUGGACGAAUUUGUAUUCCUCUAUAUGGAUGGAAAGAUUAGCUCAUGGUGCUUCAUCAGCAUGUCGCAUGCCGCCAGUUUGACC